AUGGCAAAAAUUCUCCGCCGCCAUAUACCUCCUCCUCCGGUGCCUCUCAAGGCGCUUCCACCACUCCUCUCCGCCGACGACGUCGCUGUCGUCGUCUCGAAUCGGCAGAAACGCCACGUGGCGGAUUUCGAGUAUCUGCUCGACUCACUUCCGAUCUUCACCUUCCGCUCCGUCACCCUGCAGGCUGGCGCCGCCGGAGGUGACUGCGCCGUCUGCCUGUCGAAGUUCGAGCCGCGCGACCAGCUCCGCCUGCUGCCGCUCUGCUGCCACGCGUUCCACGCCGCGUGCAUCGACGCGUGGAUCGUGUCCAAUCUGACGUGUCCCCUCUGCAGGUCCGCCGUCGUGCUCCCCCCGCCCUCUAGCUCCUCCGACGUACUCGAUACAAUCAUUUCGGAUAACAGCUUUGGAAGCCGCGGCGGAAGUUUCAGGAUUGAGAUCGGAAGUAUCAGUCGCCGCCGCGGCGAUGGAGAAGUGGCGGCGGCGGCGGCGGUGGAAGGAGGGGGGCGGCGGCGGACGUAUUCGCUGGGAUCGUUCGAGUACAUCAUCGGCGAUGGUGGAUGCGAGGUUCCGGUAGGGUUCACAAGUCAUAGCCGAGUAGUUUCCGGUUUCACUUCAGAUGACAAGCAACCGCCGGUGGCAAUACCGUUACCGGUCGUCUCCGGCUGGCUGAGGUCAAUUACUAUAUCUCCCCGUACGACGUCGUUCCAAAUCUCCGGCGGCGGCCGCCGUAGCCAGGCUGUGGUUGCCCCCGAGGAUUUAGAGUCGCCAGCGGGUUAG